UGUGUGGUGUCACAGAGAAUUCGUGAUCGUACAACUUAGAAAAGAUUAUCUUAAUUAAUGUUUUACAUCGUGUAAUUAAUUUUUACCAUGAUAAUAGAAGAGGAGAACGUGACCUUUUGGUGUUUAGUACAAGAACAUUGAACAUAAUUCGGUUUCAACAAGAUUAAUCAUCAUGAACUGUCAUCAAGUAUUAAGUGGAGCCUGUAAUUCAGGGGAUCAAUGUUUUGCUGUUGGUUCAGUGGAGGGAAUACCUUUUACCGCUUAUGCUGCUGGAUGUAACAUAGUAGUGCUUGCGUCAAACUUUGAGCGAGUCCAGAUUAUACCGGGGGCUAUCCAUGGCUAUGUGCGUAUCAGUUCUCUGGACUGUAGUACAGACACUGGAAAGAUUGCCGCAGCAUAUGGAGCUGAAGUCUGCAUAUUUGAACCAACACCAUUGAUUCAUACAGCGGCCACUACUCAUGGCCUGGAGUACCGAUGGGUGCAGACGGGCAAGCUGGUGGCGGACGGUCCCAUUACGGCGCUAUCCUGGAAUCUCGAGGGCACGAGGCUGCUCACCGGAGGCAGGAUACUGCAGCUGUGGCACCAGGCUUCGCUUUUCCAGGAUGAUAGCAGUCAACCGAGUUCGGGCGUGACGUUUCAAAUUGGCGGCGACAAGGACGACAAGCCCAAACCGCAAGAGGAAGAGGAGCCGGGCUGGAUAUGCGUGUGGCAGUGUCACACGGCGACGCCGGCGCACCACCUGGCGUUCUCGCCCGAUGGCGUGCUGUUCGCUACUUCUGGCGUCAACGACAGACUCGUCAAGAUAUGGUACCAGAACAAAGUAUUAACACAAGCGCACGGCGAGCACACGCCAACGGAGCUGCACUACACGUUCAUAUACGUGGCGCACCCGCGCGCCAUCACACACCUGUCAUGGCGGAAGACCAGCAAGUACAUGCCCAAAGGCAGCGUAGGCAACGUGCUCGUGACGUCAUGCGUAGACAACAUCUGCCGCGUGUGGGCGGAGACUCUGCUCCCGGACGACGAAUGGGGCGCCACGCCGCACGCACGCUCGCCGCCGCGACGCCAGCGCGCCACGCACCGCCACAAACACCGCUUCAUGCAGCGGCUCAAGCACAUGAAAACGUGUUUCCACAUCCGACGCACGGCACAGUCGUCGAAGCAGCCGGGCGCGCCGAUACCCACGUUGCCGUCGACGUACAGUGCUCACGACUUCCAUAACCCAUAUCACGCCACUUCUUACACCGGAGGACUACACUUCCACUUGGCCGCGUCUAUAAACGCCGAGACGGACAUUCCGCUAGUGCCGUCUCUUUCUGGCGGCGGUCGGUUCAUAUUACACUGGCUGCAUAACAAGGAGAUGCAUUUCACCAGCCAAGCCGAAACUAUACUGCACGAUCUCACUAAAAAGAUUUUAGACAAAGAAGAAAACGAGGAAGGAUCGAGUUCAGAUCACACACAUCCGGACGGAGAGAAUGACAUGCGAUCUAGACGCCCGAGCCAUCAUUUAACUAAAGUGCUAUCGGAGGAUAACAGUAAUAGUGACGAGCAGCCAGGCAGCGGCAACCAGAGUCACCCGAGCCUCUCCAACACCACCUCAAUUAACUCGCUCGCCACAGAGGUGACGUGCACGCACCUACCCGACUCGCUGGACGCAAAGAUCGAAGUGCUACUUCGAGAUUGGCACCAAAGUCCAGAUCUUCUGUUCUCCAUACACCCCGUGGAUGGCAGUUUCCUUAUAUGGGUAUGCGAAUGGCUAGACGAGCUGCAAGUUGGCGCUAUCAGGCAAGCUCAAGUGUCGUUCUCCGCACGCAUACCGAGUGCGUUUCCGCUCGGCGACGCGACGACAAUGUGUACGCCCGCUGCGUUGUACCAUGCGGCCGCGCAGCCGCUGUACGUGCGACACCGGACUAAACCCGUCACGCCAGCGAGCCAAAACCAACAGGAGACAGUUACAACACCGUUGGCAAGCGUGCAAGAGGAGAAAGAGGAAAAUGAAUGGACACAUAACAACGAGAACUCAGAAACGCAAGAAAAUGACAACAGGGAAGACGGUAUGAACGAUCUAAAGCGUAAAACGAGCGUGGCCACGGAGACCGGGGACUACAACCAAGAUGGCGACGUUUUGGAGUCCGCCCCCGUCAUAUCUAUGGUCACCAACCACACCAACGGGACAUUGAACUUGUGGCAACUUACAUUCGACGACAAGUCUAAAUUCUCACAGGUGCUAUCUAUCGGUCACGCGUCGCGGGCAUCGGGACAUAGGUUUAGAGUAAACGACAUCACAUGCCAUCCAGUAUUACCGCUGCUACUUACAACUAGUCAUCACAACAUAUCAGAUUCAGAGCGAGGCAACGCUACGGCAGAGUCGGCAGCAGCGGGCGGUCUCUGUUCGGAGCUGAUUAUGUGGCGUGUGGAGUGCGUGGGCCCGCUCGGCAAGUCGGGGGGCGUGGCCGAACUAGCAAGAGUCAACUCGCCACAUCUGUCCGCUUUUAGCAACGUCGCAUGGCUACCGACGUUACUGCCCAGCUCAACACUGGGAAACUUAUCGAAUUCGCCGUCUGCGUGCUUCGUGGCAAGUGAUGGAGAGAGUUUACGUUUAUUCCAAGCCGUUAUCGAUGCUAGGACGCUGUUAGCCGAGAUAGCUGCGUCAGAAAGACGACACAAAGACGUUUUGGGUAACGCAAGUGAUGCGGAAUCCAUGUCGUCCGCGUCAUCCAUUGCGGACGCCGGGGACGGUACGGAUCUACCGCUACACGAGCGAGUACGCAUUGUAUCGCAGCAAUCUACGGCGCGGCCCGGCGCUAUCAUACAGCUCCACGCGAUAGCAGACGCCGCACACGACUGGCAUAAUACGCAGCUGCUGCAUGUUUUUCAGGAGCAGCUUAUUACAGGAGAGCGCACCACUCACGACCCAGAAGGUUCAGACUCGGGAGUGGACUCGUCAGGAAUCAACACAAUAACCGAGGCGGGUCUUGAAGCGAUUGUUGACCUUCGUAAAGCGGCGGUAUUCAACGAGCCAUUCUAUAUCGUGGUGCUAGAACGAACAGAUGGCGGGUCUACGGUGCAUAUGUGGCGGUUAAAUGUCUCCUCGCAAGCCGAUUUUGCAGAUGACAUGACCAACAGUAUGAUGUACGUGCCAGACAGCGCGUUGGUGCAGGAAGACGAAGGGGAGUCACGCAAGAACUCAAUGUCCGUGGACGCCGAUGGCCCCGUACCCGUGCACACACACUCGCACCUCUCUAUAUCCACUAAGAAGGUAUGCGAGUGCCCGCUGUCACUGCCCGAUGGAGUGGACGUUAUUCACGCGACGCCCGCCGCAGGACAUCUCAGCUCUGCGUCGAUAUACCCGGCAUGUCUCGCACCGUAUAUACUGGCUACAGCGUGCACGGAUAGUACUUUGAGAUUUUGGAAAUGCCAUGUUACGAAAAAAGAUAAUGAUGAACUAGAAUACUCUUGGAAGGAGUGGGAAAUGAUGAAUAAAGAUCAAGAAUCUACUAUUGAUAUACCAGGUCAGCCGCUACACAUAAGCGCUGCGUACUCGGGACGCAUUGCGUGCGCGUACAAGUGCGGGCGAUCGUUCACGCGACCCAAGGGCUCAGCGGUCAGCAUGGGCGGCACGAGUUCGAACUCGAGCAAUGCGACGGACGCACGAUUCGUGAAUCUGUGUGUGUGCGUCUACGAGUGUGAAAGUACUGGCGGCGCGGAAUGGCUGCUAGAGGAUACGAUACCUCUAAGGAAUGUCAGCUUACCGAGAGUCGGACUAUGCGCUGAUACGCAGAUUGAUCUAUCAUACCUUCACGAUACGACAUUUAUGCAGAAGAAGCAGCGUAUUAAUCAGGUUAUACAAACACUUUCAUCGGACGACAGUCGCAAUAACCGUAACGGUGAGGGAGACACGGGCAAGUCCGCGGGUCUGCUAGCGGUGCCCUCAUUCAGCACACUUCAAUCACUCCGCAAAAGUAUUAUGGAGAAUGGCAACACUUGCCCCCUCACUCAGAAACAUUUGGUGCAAUUGGACUGGGUGUCUAAAGAGGACGGCUCGCAUAUAUUGACAGUUGCUGUUGGAUCCCGAGUGCUGUUGUUUACGCCGGUAUCCAGUGAUCUUGCUCAAGCUAAUCUUAAGGCUAUGAAGGAAUCCAUAAACAACAACAGACCGAUACUACGAAAGGCCUCAUCUCUAGCGGCCCCGCUAUUCGUAGAGGAGAUUCGAUGGAUGCAGCUCCGACGUAUAGAGCUGAAGACGGCAGACGGUCUACCACCGUUACCCAUGCAGAUAUCGUGGGUCAGAGAUGGUAUAUUCGUGGUGGGGAUGGAUUCCGAAAUGCACGUGUACUCCCAGUGGAAACCGGAAACGCCGCAGCUGCCCUCCGGUCAAGGUAGCAGCCAGGACGUUGAAGAUGGCGGCGAGAGUCGAGCACUUCGAGAUUCGGACCUCCGUGUUUCAGCGCCGCACUUACAACGCGUGUCGUCCAUCAAUCUGCAGCUGUUAGAGCGAGACGCAAGACGACGAAACAAGACGCAGCCGGAUCAGCCACAGCCCCUUUUAGACUACAUGCCUGACUUUGGACUGUUCGAAGCCUCUCAAAUGGCGUGUCCUGUACUACCUCAGUAUCAUCCUAAACAGCUGAUGGAGUUGCUCAACAGCGGAAAGAUAAGAUGGGUGAAAGCUAUCCUCGCGCAUUUAGUCAGGUGCAUAGGUGGCACAUACACCACUCGCAGCUCUCAAGGUGACGAAGAUAGUCUAUCUAGACCGCGCGGCUGGUCCCGCUCACGCACGCUGUCCGUGUCCUUCGCCGCCGGCGCCGCCUCGCCGCUAGAUGGCGUUGCACAGAUAACAGAAGACGUACAGUUGGACUACGCGGAGCUAACUUCGGUACCGCCCCUACCAUUAUGGACUUUAUUAGUGGCUGAUAAGGAGUCCGCACACCAUCCGUCCACUAUACAGGAGGCUAAGGACUACAACGAGCUAUUCGAGGGAACUAUGGAGGUAGAGGACCUCGACGCGAUGUUACUGGGCGAGGAAGGGGAAGUAGACCGAAGGCCUUCGAUGCCUGAAAGGCAACCACUAUCGCACUUUGGACCUAGACAAGGUCGUAUGCUCUCCCGCCUGCUAACUCACACACACCUGCCUGGGCUGAGUUCGCUCGACCAGAUGCAUCUACUGGCGCUAGCGGAUACGGUAUCAACUUGCGACGCGGACUUCACCGAGCGGUUCGCGGCGAACGCACGUACGGACUCCGCGCCCGCUGCGUCGCAGGAGAUGGUGCCUGAUUCCCUGGACGACUGUGGUCUUCGCUUCCUACUAGCUAUGAAGCACUACGGUUACCUACAGCGCUGCCUGCCUCUAGCGCAGCGAGCCGCGUUACAGCGCACCGGGGUUGGCACCUGCAAUCUGGUCUGGGCUUUCCACUCGGAGACACCAGAACAACUGCUAACUCUGCUACCUGGGUACGCCAAGGGCCAGCCUAAGUGGUCGACGAUGAGAGAACUAGGUGUGGGUUGGUGGGUCCGCGGCGAAUUGCUACGUACGUGCGUCGAGCGUAUCGCGCGCGCGGCGUACAAGGAGAAAUCGGACCCUAUGGAUGCGGCGCUUCUGUAUUUGGCUAUGCGCAAGAAGACUCUACUCUGGGGACUGUUCCGGUCGAUGCGAGAUGAGAAGAUGACUGCGUUCUUCGCUAAUGACUUCAACGAGGACCGAUGGAGAAAAGCCGCUUUGAAGAACGCAUUCGUCCUGCUUGGUAAACAGCGUUUCGAGCAUGCUGCAGCUUUCUUCCUGCUAGGGGGAGCCUUAAAGGAUGCCUUGGAGGUACUAAUAACGCGACUCGGCGACUUGCAACUGGCGAUGGUCGUGGCGAGACUUUACGACACCGACAGUAAUUUACCAUCGAGCCUCAGGAAACUGCUCUUAGGCGAAAUAUUAGGGGGUGAAGAAGAAGGCGAGGGGGAGUUAGACAUGGACCGAGCUCACCCCGACCCGUUUAUACGCUCCAUGGCGUUAUGGGAAUUACGGCGGUACGGCGACGCGCUAGACACGCUGCUCGCGCCCGCCGGCCGCCUGCACGGCGCGCCGCUCGAGCCCGUGCCCAGUGUGUUCAACUUCUACGUAUACCUGCGCACGCACCCGCGACUCAAGCGGCAUAAUAUGCCCGCACAGGGUGGUACGUUGGCGCUGCUUCAACAAGACGAAGAGGGGAUCACGCAGCUUGAAAGGAGACUGUACUUCCAAACGGCCCACGGCCACUUCAAGGCCGGAUGUCCUGCCCUUGCUUUAGAAGUCCUCUCGAAGCUGCCAGCGCGAGUACGAGACGAGAAAACCCACCAGCCGCCAGUGUCAGCGCCAUCUAUCGACGACGACGUCAUACACACGGGACAACUGAACCAUGACGCCUCAGUCAAAAAAGAGGAAGAAACGAUGGAUUGGGGUGCAUCUACUGUAGACUGGGGAGCGCCAGUUGGACCGCCGAAAAUGGAUGAACUCGUUCUAGACUGGGGCAAAGAUCAUGAUGACGAGGAAGAAUCUGAAUCGGGGAAAUCAACUCCGCCAUUAGAGAUGAAAGUGGCCAAAGCUGAGGAAGAUGGGCAGGAGAGUCAGAAGGAGGAGCCACCGUGUGUGGACAUCAUGGCCCAGCAGCUCAAGUUCGUGGCCUGCCUCAAAAUAUUGAUGGAGGAACUGAGCACGUUAGCUACUGGGUUCGAAGUCGAUGGUGGUCAUCUUCGCUAUCAGCUAUACAUCUGGCUAGAGCGUGAAGUUGGCGCGCUUCGCACGUUAUGCGGCUACGCAGCGGGUGCGCGCGCAGGUGGCGAGCUCAUAUGUGCGGAUGCCGAGGCCCCGCCCCUUCCCGAGCGCCCCACCUUACACCAACUACUAGUGAGAGAGAAGGCAGACUUCGAGGCUAAAGUGCAAAGAGCUGUGAGAAGACAGAAGUGGCUUAAAGCGAACGAGACGCUCCUACGUACGUUGUUAUCGUACUGCUCGCUGCACGGCGCGGGCGGCGGCGGGCUCGCGUCCGUGCGAAUGGAGUUAGUGCUGUUGCUGCAGGAGCUUGGACAGGACAAGCAACACCAACAGCUGUUGUCGCCUCUGCCGUUCCCGACGACGUUACCACUAUUGGCCGCCGCCGUUGCCGCCAACAACACGGUGGUCGCGGAUCCCGUGCGACAUCUACAGUCUGUCGCACACGACAUGCUGGGAACAGUCGGCGAAUUGGGCGUACCAGGCGGUUCAGCUACGCGACUGUUACACACACUCCGUGAACUGGCUGUGGCACUCUCCGCCUGUAUAUACCAGAGCCUGUGCGAUUCUGAUACGUUCAGCUUGCGACACGCGGGACAUAAUGAUAGUAUGAUUACGGAGACUCCAGCAACAGCCAACUUAGUCGUGAGGCCGAGGAGGUAUUCAGUAGAAGAGUUUAGUGUGACGACGCCACCGAACAAAUGGCCAGGUGUGUCAGCACUACGCGGUCUAGCCGUGCGCGCGGCUGAGGAAGAAGAUGCACCACGAUUAGCCGUAUUAUUAGCUGAGGCAUUUUGUGCGGUAUACCUCGCGCUACUUGGCUGGGCGUUAGCGGCGCGCGACGCACAUUUACUGUACAGAUUAGCCGCGCACGCACCGGACGAGCGUGCGCACGCACGGUUGUUCGGAGGCGGCGUGCGAAGACUGCUGACUACUGCGCCUGCGCCGCCACAGCCGAAACUAGUGGAAAGAACCGAGGGCACGUCGGUUUGGUCGUCGCUGCGAGAGAAGAGGGCGCUACUGCACAUGAGGCUGCUGGGUUUGGGGCCAACCGCGCCACACAAGAACAUACAGGAGGGCCGUCCUACGUACAGAGAGCAAUUCGUGCCUCCUAUGUGCAGUAUACUGACGUAUCUACUGACCAAGCCUACUGCAGAACAGGACCCGGAGAGAGACGACUACGAUUCGGCUGAGUCCGGCGGCGAGGAUGCUGAAGUGGAAGGCAGUGAUGAAGAUGACGAUGACAUAUUCGACACCUCAAUAACUAAGACUGAGAAGCGGAAGUACACGAAUACGGAGCACUCCGACCCGGAUUCUUACUCGUGGCUCGUGAUGCGAGUAGCGGUAUUGAGGCUGGCUCAGCACAAGCUGCAGCAUUUCCUGCAGCUGUGCGGUAUUGAGAUGUCAGAGCUAGCAACGACCAGUCCCACCGUGCACGCCGCGCUGCGUCGCGCGGAGCAGUGGCAGCAGCAGUUAACCGAGACGCUAGAUGUGCGUGCGCCGCCCCCAGAUUAUAUCCCGGGAUGUUUCCCCGACCAGAUUACUUCAGGACCGCCUAUCAACAAGUACAGAUGUUUACUGGAAAAGCACAACACACCGUUCAAUUCAGCGUUAUUCAGCACGGCGCCGGCUCGCCGUCUCUGGAAUUUCCUAGUCAGACAAGAAUUAGUUACGGAAGUGUUCAUAAAGGCAGUGUUCUCGCGACGUCGCGCGCAGUCGGUAUCCGUAGACGCUGUGGACGAGAAGUCCGGUUGCGUACCGCACGCUCGCUCGCGGCCCGACGAUCUGCACAGCCCCGUGCGGAUUAUUCACAAGGAGCAGGACUCCAUUGCCGCAUUCUGUCUUAAUAGGGUUGGCGGCGGUUUACUAGCUGUGGCGACGGCACGCGAAGUGCAGGAGAUGGACGUCUCGCUACUGCUGCGAGGCGACGCGGCCUGGGCUGAAGAGUGCGAAGUCGAUCUACUCGCGCUUAGCAGCGAUCCCGCCGCGUUACCCGACACGGGAUUCCUGCUUAUACAGCACCAUGAUAGACCGAACAACGGUUCCGUACCUGGCACGGGCAACAGUUCACCGCUGAAUCCCAACGCACCUCAAGUACCGAUCGGUAUGGCGAGCCAGACGGGCCGCGGUGCGAGCGUCGUUAAGGGUCUGCAGUUCCCGGGUUGCCACGAUGCAAAAUACUGUCGUCUGGUGCUGCAUCGCUCCAAGCUUCUCAUGAAACCGGUGCUGAAACACAAAAUUGACAACAUUAAACGAAUGGCGGCCCAUCCAUCGCAACCUUUAUAUCUAACUGGCGGCGCGGACGGCUCGGUCCAGCUCUGGGAGUGGGGCCAUCCGUCGUGCGUGUGGUCGCCGCGAGCGCCGGGUGCGUUCGCCAAGGUCACGCGCGUGCGCUUCAGCGACUACGGCAACAAGUUCGCGGCGGCGGACGCGGACGGCAACCUGGCGCUGUGGCAGCUGCACCCGAGCGCCGGCGGCGACAGCCACGCCUCGCCGCGACCGUUCUUCACGCACCAAUGUCACAGUAAAGGCAUAAGCGAUUUCGUGUUCCUGGGCUCUUGCAGUUUAGUCGCCACUGCGGGCCACAGUUCAGAAAGUAAAAACGUCGCAGUUUGGGACACGUUGAUGCCAGUCAAAAAAGCCUUAGUAGUAUCAUGGACGUGUCACGAGGGCGGCGCAGCGUGCGUGGCGUGGGCUGGGGGUGCGGGCGCGCUUGUCUCGUGCGGGCGGCGCGGCGAUGUGCUCGUGUGGGACGUGCGUGCGCGCGCGCCGCGACACAAGCUGCACGCACAUCACGCCCCCAUCAAGUGCGUCGCACUCGCACCGAGAGAGGACUGCUAUGCUAUUGGCGCCGCGGACGGUGAUAUCAAGGUAUACUCACUGACGACGCACCAGCUACUACACACGUUUGCGGGCGAGCACGCACGCAGUUCGUUCUUCAAGCACAUCGGACAGGGUGUCACGCAGAUUUAUAUUGAUAAUGCCGGUCGGCUGUUCUCGUGCGGCGCGGACGGCACUAUGAAAGUGCGGCGGUUGCCCGAGAGAGACGCGCCGCCGUUGCAUCACGCGCACUAUUAGGUGCAGAUGCAGAAUAAUUACAAAGGAGGUCGGGCGAGGCCCGGCAUCUGUAUUUAUCUUGUUGCUGUUGUGUGUAUCGACAUACGCCGGUAGACUAGUCACUGAGUAGGCAAUGUUGUAUCUUAGUGUAUAUAAACCUCCUUACUAAUGUUUACACAGCUUCAAAGUUGUCCUUGUCUAACAAGUGAUAAUUACAGCUGUUAGACGGAGACAGCAUCUGUGAUUGUGUAAAUAAUAGGGAAUAUUACGCAAAAGUCGGAGCGGCGCGAGCGGAGGGUGCUACUAGCACAUAUAUUAAAUAAUGCGGGGUUUACACGGGUGACUAUAACCGCACGA